CCUGGCGCCGGGAACCAGGAAGCUCCCGGCAGCGGGCGCGGGCGCGGGGCGGUCGGGAUGGCGGGCCCUGGCUGGGGCCCCCCGCGGCUGGACGGUUUCAUUCUCACCGAGCGCCUGGGCAGUGGCACGUACGCCACGGUGUACAAGGCCUACGCCAAGAAGGAUACUCGUGAGGUGGUAGCCAUAAAGUGCGUGGCCAAGAAGAGUCUGAACAAGGCAUCUGUGGAAAACCUCCUGACAGAGAUUGAGAUCCUCAAGGGCAUUCGACACCGCCACAUCGUACAGCUGAAAGACUUCCAGUGGGACAGUGACAACAUCUACCUCAUCAUGGAGUUCUGUGCAGGAGGUGACCUGUCUCGCUUCAUCCAUACCCGCAGGAUUCUGCCUGAGAAGGUGGCUCGGGUCUUCAUGCAGCAGUUGGCUAGUGCCCUGCAGUUCCUGCAUGAACGGAACGUCUCUCACCUGGACCUGAAGCCACAGAACAUUUUGCUGAGCUCCUUGGAGAAGCCCCACCUUAAACUGGCAGACUUUGGCUUUGCACAGCACAUGUCCCCCUGGGAUGAGAAGCACGUGCUCCGUGGCUCUCCCCUCUACAUGGCUCCCGAGAUGGUGUGUCAGCGGCAGUACGACGCCCGUGUGGACCUCUGGUCCGUGGGGGUCAUCCUGUAUGAAGCCCUCUUCGGGCAGCCCCCCUUUGCCUCCAGGUCGUUCUCGGAGCUGGAAGAGAAGAUCCGGAGCAACCGGGUUAUUGAGCUCCCCCUGCGUCCCACCCUCUCCCAGGAAUGCCGGGACCUGCUGCAGCGGCUCCUGGAGCGGGACCCCAGCCGCCGCAUCUCCUUCCAGGACUUCUUUGCCCACCCUUGGGUGGACCUGGAGCACAUGCCCAGUGGGGAGAGCCUGGCACGAGCAACCACCCUGGUGGUGCAGGCUGUGAAGAAGGACCAGGAGGGGGACGCCGCGGCCGCCUUAUCUCUCUACUGCAAGGCUCUGGACUUCUUCGUGCCUGCCCUGCACUGUGAGUGCCAGGCCGGGUGCAGCAGGGGUGGGGUCUUCCAGAAGCAGCUCCUCUUCCAGAAUUUUGUGGGAGACAAGGCAGAGGAUGAAGUGGACACCCACCGGAAGGAAGCAAUUAAGGCAAAGGUAGGACAGUACGUGUCCCGGGCUGAGGAGCUCAAGACCAUCGUCUCCUCCUCCAAUCGGGCCCUGUUGAGGCAGGGGACCUCUGCCCGAGACCUGCUCAGAGAGAUGGCCCGGGACAAGCCGCGCCUCCUAGCUGCCCUGGAAGUGGCUUCAGCUGCCAUGGCUAAGGAGGACGAGGCUGGCGGGGAGCAGGAUGCUCUGGCCCUGUACCAGCACGGCCUGGGGGAGCUGCUUCUACUGCUGGCAGCGGAGCCCCCAGGCCGGAGGCGGGAGCUGCUUCACACUGAGGUUCAGAAUCUCAUGGCUCGAGCUGAAUACCUGAAGGAGCAGGUCAAGAUGAGGGAGUCUCAUUGGGAAGCUGAGACCCUGGACAAAGAGGGGCUGUCGGAGUCUGUUCGUAGCUCUUGUACUCUGCAGUGACCCUGCAGGAUGAUUGGACAGGUCACUGGGAAUUGGGGACACGCUCGCCCCAGCUGAUGCUCCGAAUUCUGUGGCUUCUGCCACCCUGCGGAGCAGGCUUCCUGGAUGGGCAACUCUGGGACGCCCCACAUCCCAGCAUCCCCAGCACCACUUGAAAGAUUCUUAACCCCCUACCCACUGUGUGUACUGGGAGCACUGGGGUGGGGAGGACUCUGGGAGAAGAGUGUUUCUUUCACGUGACUUUUGUUAUUUGGUGGUUGCUGAGCCCUGAGCCUGUUGAUUUCUGUUUUUGCUCUGAGACGAGCAGGGAGCCCUCUGCAGGACACUUGUUCUCUUUCCCCUCCUUGCCAGGAGGCAGCUGUGCCCUGUGCCCACCCCUUUCCUUCCUGGGAGCCUUUAUUGCAACUCACCUCACUCCUUGCACUGGAGCAGGGCACUCCAAGACCCCUCAGGGAGCACCCAUCCCACCAUAUGCACUCAGCCCCGCAGAACUCACCAGUCUUCCUGGGAGCUGACCCCUGCCCACCCUCUCAAUAUUUUAAGAUAAUCCUUCAUGCAUGAAAAUAAUAUCUUUUGUAGAGGUGGGGCAAAUUUGAGAAACCCAUGCCUUGUUCUUGCCCUGGCCUGGGGGGUACAAGGGGAGGGGUCCUCAGUCAUCCCUCCCACCUUCAUCCCUCUGUGGGGAAUGCCCUUACUGGCCUCAGAGCUGGUCCUGGCCUAGGAGGGGGAGGCAUGGGGAUUGCCUGGCCUGUCAGUCUCCAGGGGACCCAGUGAUCCAGGAGACCUGAUUCUAGGUCUGACACUGCUGCUACUCCAGUGUGUGACCCCGGGCAAGCUCCUUCCCCUUUCUGGGCCUGGAUCUCCCCAUCUCUCCAAUGGGACUGCUACUAUCUCCUCAACCCCCUACAUGGGCUUUCAGGAGAACAAAGUGACUUUAAUCUGGAAAGAAUAUAUACACCUAGAGUUAUUUAGGGGUUUCUUUUCUAAAAAGUCAGAGAGGGUGUUAGUGAUUUCUAACCCUUCUGCCCUUAAAUGCCUCCUUGGGGCAAGAGUUGUCUGCCUUCCCUGUAGGAGGCUGGGUGUAAAGAAUGUAACUCAUUGUUUUUCUAUUAAAUUAUUU